CACUACAAAUACAAACCCCACUAAGAAGAAAACACAAGUUCAAGUUUGUAGUGGCAUAGUAGUAGAAAAAAGGAAAGUAGUACAAUUUUAGGGAAUUCAAGGGUUAUGGAAGGGUCUGAAAGAGGGCUAGCCAACUUUGAUCUUCAAGUCUCUUCCUUCCAAAACCCCAUCCAUGAUCAUAUUGGUUUUGCCCAUUUUCAAGAUCACCACCAUAAUCAUGAUCCUCAUCAGACCCAAGUUUUGAGGUUUCUGCCUCCAACUCUCUCUCUUCCUCAAUUAUCUCAACCACCACACCACACCACCACCACCACCUCCGCAGAAGCUGCUGAUUUCCACAGGGAAGCUCCCUCGGUUCAUAGAGAUUCUUGGCAUAAAGAACAGGUGGGAAGCUUGGAUCCAAAGUCUGUUAACGAAGAAAAAUGCGCAGAUGAUAACACCUCAUGGUGGAGGAGUUCAUCAAACCCUGAAAAGGGGAGAACGAAAAUGAGAAGAAAACUUAGAGAACCAAGAUUCUGCUUUCAAACAAGGAGUGAUGUUGAUGUUCUUGACGAUGGUUACAAAUGGAGGAAAUAUGGUCAGAAAGUUGUAAAAAAUAGCCUUCAUCCCAGAAGUUACUAUCGUUGUACACAUAGUAAUUGUCGUGUCAAGAAAAGGGUAGAGAGAUUAUCAGAAGAUUGUAGAAUGGUAAUCACAACAUACGAAGGUCGACACAACCACUCUCCUUGUGAUGACUCCAAUUCAUCCGAACAUGAAUGCUUUACUUCUUUUUAAAACCUAAGUAAGAAUUUUGUACCUACAACAUAUAUAGUUCAUGCUUAGGGCAUCUAUCCAUGAUCUAGCUACAGUCCAUGUUCAUGUACAAGUUACGUAUGCUACAAUCUUCAUAUUCAUGGUUACGUAAGAUUGAGUUUAUUUAUCUA